CAUCAUACGUCAAAUAGCGGUUGAUUUGAUUCGCGUUUCAUUGGCUUUUACGUUAUCGAAAAUCGUAUAUUGAGCCUGAUAAAUGCCGUAUUUGAAUCAUUGCUGCUCGAAUUAUCAGUCAGAAAUGUCUUUGGUUAACUUAUCGCUAUGCCGCGUCGUUUAUGGGGCAUAAAACGGUUGCUAAGGAUGCCGUUGGCGGAGGCGGGGGAUCAAUAUUCAAUAUGGGUUGGCCUAAUAUACGUGUUCAACCUGAUCGUGGGCACGGGCGCGCUGACGCUGCCGGCGGCGUUCGCUCGGGCCGGCUGGGCCCUCAGCACCAUCUCGCUCGUGUUCCUGGCGUUCAUGAGCUUCAUGAACGCCACGUACGUCAUCGAGACUAUGGCGUGCGCCAACGCUGUGUACAAGUGGAAGUUGCUGCAGUCUAUUAAGAGGGACAGUGUGCAAGAGCACGAAGGCCACGAUUCCGACGAGCCGACAAACGAUAUGGAAGAGCCUCUCGUCUGUGCGUCCGUGCCUUCUCGCUACUACAGCUUGGACAGGCGCGUCGAGCUCGGCGAGAUGGCCAACCUGUUCCUCAGCCGUACCGGCAGGACCCUGUUCUACUGCACGCUCUGCGUCUAUCUGUUCGGCGACCUGUCUAUAUACUCGGCGGCUGUGGCGAAAUCGGUCAUGGAUGUUGUUUGUUCAUCCGUCCCCACGAAUCUGACGAACUCGUCCGACUGGGACGCGCUGCCGUGUUUCAACAGCACCAGCCCCGAGCCGUACACCCGGCUCGCUUGCUACAGAACCGCUCUGCUCUCCUUCACCGCCGCCAUUGGGCCGUUCGUCUUCUGCAACGUGCAGAAGACCAAGUAUCUGCAGCUGUUUACCACUGGCAUGAGGUGGUUAGCAUUCACCAUAAUGAUAUCGUUCGCGAUCCACCUGCUGGUGCACUCGGGCGCGCAGGGCCACCCGCCGGCUUUCGACGUCAGCGGCAUGCCGACGCUCUUCGGCGCCUGCGUCUACUCCUUCAUGUGCCACCACUCCCUACCCGGCCUCAUCUCUCCCAUCAGAGGCAAACGACGCCUGGGCUUACACAUAGCUCUAGACUACGCUCUUAUAAGCGCCUUCUAUCUACUCCUAGCAUUCACUGGAGCCUUCGCGUUUGCACAUCUAAACGACCUUUACACCUUAAACUUCAUACCUACAUAUGACGACAAUCUAUUCGUUAAAAUAAUUGAGUAUUUCUUAGCUUUAUUCCCAGUAUUCACAUUGUCUACCAGUUAUCCUAUAAUAGCUAUCACUUUAAGGAACAACUUGCAAAGUAUGUUUCUUGACAUGACUCGUUUGGAGUCCUACAAUUUUGUACUACGUAAAUUAUUAUUUCCUAUAGUGGCUGUCGCACCGCCUCUAGUAGUUACUUACUUCUUAGAAGAUAUAGGUGUACUUAUUGAGUUUACAGGGUCUUAUGCGGGUACUGGUAUACAGUAUUUGAUUCCCACGUUUUUAGUAUUGUCCGCGCGGCGGCAUUGCACUAAUGUAUUAGGUUUAGGUGUCGCGAAUCAGUACAAAAGCCCGUUUUCAAAUAAAGCUUGGGCAUUAUUUGUGUUGGUGUGGGCUGUCGUGUGCGUAAUAUUGGUGUCAGUUAACAUUUUCGAAAAGAAUUCAUGACUGUAGGCUUAUAGG